AUGGCCUUCCCAACGUCUGACCCAAUUGCUUUGGAGAUAAAGCCUCGCUCUGAGGAUGACAUCAAUCAUAUUCUAUGUACAUUCCCCAUAAUCAAGCAGAGUGACAACAAGAAGAUAUUGUUCAUGAGUGAUGCUGAUGAAUCAGUAACGAUUCUGGAAAAGUGUAUCGAUUGUGUUGAUGUACUGGCACAUCAGCUUCUCAUGUAUUGCGAGAUUGCUUCUAUAUUGCUCAAGCUUCCCGAGUCUGCUAUCAAUGCCAGGCAGUCUAGAUUCUAUUUGUCUCUCGCAUCAUACAUGAGUAAUGUUCUUAAUGCAUUCAUCGGCGAGGUAAAGCAAGAGGGACCCAAAGGUAUUACAUCAAAGUGGUGCUCUGCCCAUCUCGACUUUCACAUCGCCCUCACAUUACACGACAGUGCAUUCACUGUGGCACAUCAAAAGAUUGCCUUGAAGAAGAUGAAUUGGACAUGGGCUCAGUUUAAAGAGAAAAAAGCAUUGUGCAUAGAUGGGGAAGAUAUGUGUGGUGGCUUGUUCCUACACACAAAAAGCACAGAGGACAUGAUUGACACUCUGCUCGCAAGUAUGGGGAAACCGAGGAUAAAGCCAAGUGACCCAAAAAACAACGAGGAGGCUGCAUCUAAGAAUGGUUCAGAACAGAAAUAUGUUGAGAGAGGCACUCUCAAACUAGAUUUGGAGUCUGACCACGAGUCUUUAAACGUCGAGGUAAAAGACAAGGGCAAAGUGCGAAGAGAGGUGGCAGCACAUAUGGCAUUGCCAGACAUUAACAAAGAUAAAUUGGACUCCUCCAGUGCUAUUGAGUCCUUUACUGACAAGUCAGAUGUUCCAGCGAAAAAAACACAGAAACAUGACAUUAUUGUCACAAAUGUUGGUUGA